CCCAGCUGUCAUCGAGCAGGAGGCGGGGUACACUCUGAACUGGUUGUCAGCCAAUCGCGGGGCGCAAAUAGCCGCACCCACAAUCACACCUAGGGGCAAUUUAGAGUGUCCAAUUAAUGUUGCAUGUUUUUGGGAUGUGGGAGGAAACCGGAAUUCCCGGAGAAAACCCACGCAGGCACGGUGAGAACAUGAAAACUCCCACACAGGCGGGGCCGGGAUUGAACGCGGGUCCUCAGAACUGUGAGGCCAACGCUUUACCAGCUGUUCCACCGUGCCACCUGGAGUACUUGUCAAAUGCUGAAAAGAACAUUCCCAUUAAAAAGUCAUUCAAAUGAUCCUAAAAAUACAUUGAAUGAACUAAAUAAUAGCUAAUUACAUUAAAAUGGACACGCCGUCAACACUUCGCCCAAAGAGCAGGCGUCAAGCUUUGAGCUGGCGGCUGAAGAAGUGCGACGGCUGACAUUUAACGUCUUCCCCUGGAAGCAAAAAAGACUGAAAGCCCGUCGGUCAACUUUCCUUCCUCUCUGCGUGUCGUGUCACCUGCGUAGUGGAAGUGGGAAGCGUUCGCUUCCAGUAAGUCACGUGACCGCACACGCUCAUCAUCCUCAUUCCCGGUAUUUGCUUUGCGUGGUGGCCGAGUCGACGUUUCUGAUAAACCGACAUUUCACAAAUCUACUUCAAGGAAUUGCAUUACAGUUAACAGUCAAAUAUUAAAGUACAAAUAAGUUACAUAAAUAAGUGCAAAUAAAAGUUAAAAUAUUCAAUUAAAAUUGAUUAAAACAAAAGUUCAUCUUCAGAUUUACAGCUAUUUUAUUUAGAAAUAUUUCUACAAAACAUUGAAAAGUUUACAUUUUCAUUGUAUGAUGUAAUUGAUAAAAUAUUGUACAUUUUUCAUUUAUAACCAAGUGUAACUUUUUGAAAAGACGUAUAUUACACUUUUUUUUUAACCGAUGUACAAAAUAUUUUUUUUAUAUUAAUGUAAUACAUAAAAGAUAUCAAACUCAAAGCCUGUGGGCCAGAUCUGGCCCACCACAUCAGUUUAUUUGGCCCGUAGUUGUGCGUCCACAAUGUUUUUUGCUUGAAUUCCAAAACGACAAAUUUUCCUCACUUAAUAAUUUUUGAAAUGUUACCAGCCUUAUUUGUUGCUGGCUUCCUAUUUCAAAAGUGUUUAUCCAACAGUUUGUGUAUACGUAAUGAUAUGAGACGAUCGUUAUGGCUUCACGAUUCAUAAUCCCCUUCUGAGGGAUACAAUGACUGCGAGUCUUUUGUUUUCAAAAAUGUAUUUCCACAGAUUACAUUUUUCAUCUUGAAACUUCCAUACAACCAAAUUGUGUGUCUUAUUGCAUAUUUGAAACAUUCAGAUUGGUGUUUAUUAGGAUUUUGGAUUCCUGUUUUUUUUUUUUGUUUUUGACAAAAAUAUACCAGCAAACCUGUAAUAUGGUAAAUAAAUUCAUAAAAAAACUGAGUUAAAAGUUACUCGGCUGUGAUUGAAAAAUAUGUUAUGUAAAAUGCAACUGUUAUACAUUUGCAGGCAAGAGAUAAACAAAGCAAUAAAUCUUUAUAGUUUCCCCAGUGGGGUCUGUUGAUUAUGUAACAUUGUGUCGAAACUAUAAACUAUGUGCAACAACAGUGACGUGAAGAUAAAUAAAAGCUAUUUAUCACGUUCCAAAUAGGCGUGCUCAGGCAAGUCUGUGCAAACCCAGUCAAAAAUUCUACAGAUCCCUGUUGUGAGGAUGUCCAUACUUUCGCAACCUCAUUAACGUGUUAUUUUUUACUCCCCCUCCUAAACGAAUUCAGUUUGUUUUUCAGUUGAGUUGUUUAGGUGAUGAAAAAAAAAAAAUGUAUAUCCUAGUUCUGUUGUCAAACCACAAAAACCUGGCAUUUGAACAUGGGUGUGCAGACUUUUUCUAUCCAGUGUAUAGUACAUUCAUUUGUGUCGGUAUGCUGGAAAAGUGCUUUGUCAUUGUUCACGUGGACUUCUGUAAAAGGACAUGUUCUGUGAUCUACACCGUAACUUAAAAAAAAAAAAAAAAGAAAAGUGAAGGGGAAGUGUGUGCACGUUAAAUGUUGGCGGCUCGAGGGUCAAUUGACGCAGUCGACGAAAUGAAAAGCCUGACGACCGGGACCCUGCUGCUGCUCCAUCUGGCCACCUGUCUCACCGUGCCAGCGUCGUCCGCCCCUCCCACGAAUGUCGUCUUUGACUCUGUGGACUUCAAGAACGUCCUCCGCUGGACGCCGCCCGAGAAAAGCAACGACGCGCGCUAUGACGUCCAGUGGAAGAUUUACGGCGAUCCCGAGUGGCGGGACGCGGACGGCUGCCGGGGCAUCCGCAAGCUGCAAUGCGACCUCAGCGGGGUCACCUCGGACCUCCGAGAGUGGUACUACGCCAGACUGAGGGCCUCGUCCUCAUCCUCGCGCACGUCCGAGUGGGUCCUCUCCCCGAAAUUCAGCCCCCGAUGGCACACCAAAAUCAGUGCGCCGCUUCUGAGGCUGAACGUCAGUGAUCAAGGCAUCGUGGUCCACGUGAGGACCCCCCAGCCGGUGGCCAAGAAGAUGGAACGCAGUCGCCUUGGCACCAAUUUGAUCUACAAAAUCUUUCUCAUCAAUGAAGUGGACAAGGAGGAGGUGUUUGAGCUACUUUGCUGCUCGGGAAAGCUUCUGGUGAGCAAAGUGAAGCCCAAGACAAAAUAUUGCUUCCAGUCGCAGAGCGUCGCAGAGCUGCAGGGGCGCAGCAGCGCCCGCGGGCCCACAAAGUGCAUCACCACACUAUGAGCGUAGUAAUACACACUAAUAUAAAGCAACUAUGCGUAAAAUGUCUCUUGAACUGUAUGCGCAUGAGUGCGAUGAUAAUGAUACAGCGGAGACUUCAUGAGGUUACACCGGCCAAUUGGAAAGAUUCAACUGCGUGCUCCUGAGGUCACAUGACCACAGACGGCACAGUUCAACAUUCAACGUUUGAUUGACAAAAGCAAAGAGGGAAGACUUGUUUGUUUUUGAUGUUGACGCUCAAAUGGACGGACUUGAAGCUAUGCUGACCCCACAAUCACCACACUAACAUCUUUUCCUUUCGGCUUGUCCCGAUUUGGGGUCGCCGCAGCGUGUCGUCUUUUUCCAUCUAAGCCUAUCUCGUGGCUCUUCCUCGUGUCCUCCCUCACAACAUCCAUCAACCUUUUCUUUGGUCUUCCUCUCGCUCUUUUGCCUGGCAGCUUCAUCCUCAGCACCCUUCUACCAACAUCUCCUAACCACCCAAGUCUGCUCUCUCGAACCCUGUCUCCAAAACAUUCAACUUUGGCUCUCCCUCUAAUGAGCUCAUUUCUAAUCCUAUCCAACCUGCUCACUCCGAGCGAGAACCUCAACAUCUUCAUUUCUGCCACCUCCAGUUCUGCUUCCUGUUGUCUCUUCAGUGCCGCCAUCACCACUGUUUUAUAAAUUUUUCCCUUCAUCAUUGUGGAGACUCUUCUGUCACAUAGAACACCAGACACCUUCCGCCAACUGUUCCACCCCGCUUGGACUUGUUUCUUCACCUCCUUACCCCACUCGCCGUUGCGCUGUAUUGUUGACCCCAAGUAUUUGAAGUCGUCCACCCUCGCUAUCGCUUCUCCCUGGAGCUUCACUCUUCCUCCUCUGCCCCUCACAUUCACGCACACAUAUUCUGUUUUACUUUGGCUAAUUUUCAUUCCUCUCCUUUCCAGUGUGUGCUUCCAUCUUUCUAAUUGUUCCUCCACCUGCUCCCUGCUUUCACUGCAGAUCAUAAUAUCAUCUGCGAACAUCAUAGUCCAAGGGGAUUUCCAGUCUAACCUCGUCUGCCAGCCUAUCCAUCACUACUGCUAACAGGAAGGGGCUCAGCGCGUAUCCCUGAUGCAGUCCCACCUCCACCUUAAAUUCUUCUGACACACCUACCAUAUGUUCCGCACUAUAAGGCGCACCUAGAAGCCUUUCGUUUUCUCAAAAUUCGGUGCACCUUAUAUAUGGAUCAAGAUUGAGCCUUUAGCGCAGCUCCAUCUAACGGAUGCAUAAUGUGUAACCCCAGCCUCUACUUUUGCGUCUAUUCUAUGCGCCUUAUAAUGCGGUACACCUUAUGUAUGAAAAAAGUCUUAAAACAGGACAUUCACUGAAUGUGCGCCUUAUAGUACAAAAAAAUAUGGUAAUAUAAGAAAAAGAAUGUUUUGGGGUCAAGCCACAAGUACUUGGCAAAGAUUUUAACCACCGACACGUUCACUUUGCCGUCAUCUUCUGUCAAACUUGAGGAUUCCAGUCUAACCUCAUCUGUCAGCCUAGCCAUUACUACUGCAAACAGGAAGGGGCUGAUGCAGUCCCACUUCCACCUUCAAUUCUUCUGACACAUCCCCCCACUAACAUAUGACAUCAUAAUUACUAGUCAAGAAGAAAAUGCAAACGAGCUAUUUUUACAUUAAAAUGUCUUUGUUCCGAGUGAAUUA